UUGUUGCUACUUGGAGGGAACCCUCAGAGCUCAGCUGUGCCCCUUCUUUGGGAGCCCGUGGUCAUCACAAGGCAGAGAUGGGCAGAGCCACAAUGUGGCUACCUGAACGCUCUAAACAUGCAGAACUUGGAAGAUGCUGGCACCAACUGCCUCUCUGGGCUUGCGGCCUUUCCCUCCUGCUGGUCAGUACCUGCUUCCUCAACAGCUGUGUUGGGAAUUCAGAGCCCGAGUUGAGGCUGGUCAAUGGAAGCAGCCCCUGUGAGGGCUUAGUGCAACUGAAAUUCCAGAGCCAGUGGGGGACGCUGUGCAGUGACAGCUGGAGCACAAAUGAGGUUUCUGUGGUCUGUAAGCAGCUGGGGUGUCCCUCUGCUGUCAGCAGCUCAGGCUGGUCUAAUAUUAGUGAUCCAUCCGGACACUCAUGGUUGGGCAAUAUUUCCUGCCACGGGAAUGAGUCAGCUCUUGGGGUGUGCAGACACAGCCAGUGGAGUCAGCAGCCCUGCACGCCUAGGCAGGAGGCCUGGGUGAACUGCUCAGACAGAGCAGACUUCGAAGUGAGGCUGGCUGGUGGCCCAAAUCGCUGCACAGGACGUUUGGAAGUAAAAGUCCAGGGUGAGUGGGGGACUGUGUGUGAUGACCUCUGGGGCAAGGAGGAUUCCGAGGUCGUGUGCCGGCAGCUGGGCUGUGGAACAGCUUACCACCUUCAGAAGCCGGUGGGUCCUGGCAUUGGCACUGGCACCAUCUGGAUGGAUAAUGUUGGCUGCCAUGGCAAUGAGUCGUCUCUCUGGGACUGCAGCCAUCAAGGAUGGGGUCAGCACAACUGUAACCAUCAUGAAGACGUGGGGCUGGUCUGCUCAGAAGGAGCAGAUAUGGAGCUGAGGCUGGUGGGUGGAACAAAAAAUUGCUCUGGGCUGGUGGAAGUGCGAGUGCACGGACAGUGGGGGAGAGUCUGUGAUGACAACUGGAACAAAGAUGUUGCCAGAGUGGUGUGCAGGCAGCUCGGAUGUCCCUCCCCCCAGAACGCAGUGAGCUGGUUUGAUGGUGGCGAGGAGGUGGAGCAGAUUUGGCUCAGCAAUGUUCACUGCCAUGGGAAUGAGUCGGCCCUCUGGGACUGCGAAUACAACGGAUGGUCUAACUAUGGCUGUGGGUCCCAGAACCAUGCUAAAGUCAUCUGUUCUGAUGAGGACGAAUUGGAGCUGAGGCUUGUUGGGGGUGGCAGUCAAUGUGCUGGGACUGUGGAGGUCCAGAUGCAGGGCCUGGUGGGCACUGUGUGCCAGUCGGCAGUGAACAUGGAAGCAGCUGCGGUGGUGUGUAGACAGCUGGGAUGUGGGUCCGCCGUCAGCAUCUCCCAUAUGGAUGGCUUUGAAGAGGUGACGGUGCGCAGAGGUCUCAACAGCGUCACUUGCAAUGGGGAAGAGGGAUCUUUUUGGGAUUGCAAGAGCUGGUGGUGGGGAACAAAGCCUUGUGACGCCGGAUCCAGAGUCAUCUGUUCAGAGCACAUGAAGGCAAAGCUGGUUGGAGGGCACUUUCCCUGCUCAGGAAGAGUUCUGGUGAAACACAACGGCACCUGGGGCUCCAUCUGUGCACAUGACUUCUCUCUCCCCACAGCCAAAGUGCUGUGCGGUGAGCUUCAGUGCGGUGACCUUGUCUCCGUGGUGGAGGCAGCUCGUUUUGGAGAAAGAAAAGGACAGAUCCUGGAUGAAGAACUGAGAUGCAAAGGCAACGAGUCCCAUCUGUCGCUGUGUCCCAGGGUGCUCCUCCCAGAGGGCAGCUGUACUGACGGCAGGGACAUCGGAGUCAUCUGCUCCCGGUACAUGGGCUCCCGGCUGACUGCUGGAAGCUCUAGGUGUGAAGGCCGAGUGGAAAUUCAGAUCCAAGAAGGUUGGGGAGCCCUGUGUGACUCUUCCUGGGAUUUGGCUAAUGCCAAUGUCCUUUGCAAUCAGCUUGACUGUGGAGUUGCUCUCUCAAUUCCCAAAGGAGCCCAUUCGGGAGAAGAAAGAGGCCAGAUCUGGGGUCACAUGUUUCACUGCUCAGGAAUGGAGCACCACCUGGGGGAUUGUCCUGUGACUGCUCUGGGGGCUCCUGCAUGUACCAGUGGAGACACUGCCUCAGUGAUAUGCUCAGGAAACCGGACUGAAACAUGGGCCCCAUGCAGUGACUCCCUGCACAGCCCAGCUGGGGCUACUUUUCGCUCAAGGAAUUCUACGGGAUGCUCAGAGAUCCGUGAGAUCCGCCUUAUGGAUGGAGGAGACCGCUGCGCUGGCAGAGUGGAGCUCUACCAUGAAGGCUCCUGGGGCACCGUCUGCGAUGACUCCUGGGACUUGAACGAUGCCCAUGUAGUGUGCCGACAGCUGGGCUGUGGAGGGGCCUUGAAUGCCACCAUUUCGGCCUACUUUGGACGAGGAUCAGGGCCCAUCUGGCUCGAUGACCUGAGGUGCUCUGGGGAUGAAUCCCAGGUGUGGCAAUGUCCUUUUCGAGGCUGGGGUCGUCACAACUGCCGUCAUAAAGAAGACGCAGGAGUUAUCUGCUCAGGGGUCCUGGCUUUGAGGUUGCACAGUGAUACCAGUACUCAGGACUGUGCCGGACGCUUGGAGGUCUAUUACAAUGGGAGCUGGGGAAGUGUUGGCAAAAGUAGAAUGACCGCAGUCACUCCCAGGCUGGUGUGUGGUCAGUUGGGCUGUGGGGACAAUGGAACAGUGCGAGAUGCCCCUUCCCAUAAGGCAAGCUCCGGGUUCACCUGGGUUAACGAUGUUCAGUGCCCUGAUGGGCCUGCCUCCGUCUGGCAAUGCCCAUCUGCAUCGUGGGGGAAGAAAUACCUGAGCCCGGCGGAAGAGACCUGGAUCACCUGUACAGAUAAAAUCCGACUGCAAGGAGGAAGCUCCCCGUGCUCAGGACGUGUGGAGGUCUGGUACAAAGGCUCCUGGGGCACAGUGUGUGAUGACUCUUGGGACCUGGCUGAUGCAGAGGUGGUAUGCCAGCAGCUGGGCUGUGGCUCUGCUCUAGCUGCCCCACCAGAGGCUGCCUUUGGCCAAGGGAUUGGGCCCGUCUUGCUGAGUAACGUUCAUUGCCAAGGAAAUGAGUCAUCUCUGUGGGACUGUCCUGCCGAUCCUUGGGGGCAGGUAGAGUGUGGGCACAAGGAAGAUGCCAGUGUGAAGUGCUCAGGUGUUUCCAAGGCCACUGGACAUUCUGAAGGACACAAAGGCUUUGCUCUGCCCUGGAUCUUUGGAGCCCUCCUGCUGGUCCUGCUUCUCUUUGCUCUGUCCUUUUGGGUUCAGGCUAGAAGACGGAGACAGCGAGUUCCAGCCCCCUCCAAUGGAGGGGACAUGAACCACAUGGCCCUGUACCAGAAGACGGAUUUCAGAUGGAAGGAUGACCAAAACUUGCUCAGCAAUGCAGGUCAGAAACCCUUCUUGUUCCUUGGAGAAACAAAAAGGACGUCCAGCUCUGGAGGUAGCUCUGAAGAAAUGGAAAGUCUUUCCAGAUGUUGGUGCAUAAGCUGUGAUUCUCUUCGUUUGGGUCUUUUCGAUUUCCUUCAUCAUCCUGAACCCUGGAGGAGGAGAUGAGGAAGUGGCCAAUGUAAUUGUUGGUCUCCUUCUCCAAGGUGGGCUUGGGAGACAUCUUUCCAAGGAGCCAUGACUUCCCUUUGUGUUCCAAGGAUGGCUCCAAUCUUCUAAGAACACAUCAGUUCACUAAUCUUUGGACAACAGAGCUCACCUUUGGAGUAGCAAUAGUGGUUGUUUGAAGACUCUUUAAAAAUCAUCUGCCUUGUAGUCUGAAGAUGUGGUAGGAUUGUAGGCCAUUUGGCAGCUAAGGGUUGCUUUAGACAUCAUAGAACACAGUUACAAUCAAAUAAAAUUCCUUGGUAACUAUUUACAUGUAAAUAAAUGGUCUCAAUUCAAUCAAAA